AUGCCUGCGGAAAGGGUAAAUUCAGCAAGACCAUUUUAUCAUGCCGGUGUGGACUUUUGUGGUCCUAUAAAAACUCACUACAAGGUCAGGGGUAAGACUCCUACAAAGUCAUAUUUAGCUAUUUUCGUUUGUUUCUCUACUAAAGCCAUACAUAUAGAGGUAGUGGGAGAUUUGUCUUCCCAAUCAUUCAUAUACGCCCUAAAACGAUUUAUAGGAAAGCGAGGACUCUGUCACACAAUAUUUAGCGAUAAUGCAACAAAUUUUGUUGGUGCGAAAAAUGAAUUGGCAGAACUAGCAAAAAUAUUCAAUUCAAGCAGAAUACAAGCGGCAAUUCACACAUAUUGCCUCGAAGAAGGAAUAACUUGGAAAAACAUUCCACCACGUUCACCUCAUUUUGGAGGCCUUUGGGAGGCAACCGUAAAAUCUGCAAAGAUGCUACUCGUUCGCCACUUAGGUGAAGCUUCGCUUACGUAUGAGGAAUUGCUUACUGUGGUUAUACAAAUUGAAGCUAUAUUGAAUUCUCGACCUUUGACACCGAUAUCAUCUGAUCCAAACGAUCUGGAAGCUCUAACACCCGGCCACUUCUUUAUCGGAAGUCCUCUUACAGCAAUGGCAGAACCAGAUGUAACACACUGCAAAUUGAGUAGCCUGAAUAAAUUCAGGCGAAUUCAACACAUUCAACAACACUUCUGGAAAAGGUGGUCAGAUGAGUAUUUACAUCUUCUGCAGCAAAGAUUUAAGUGGAAACCUGAAUCAAACAACCUCAAGCCUGACACCUUGGUGCUUAUAAAGGAAGAAAAUAUUCCUCCCAUGCGCUGGAAACUAGGACGUAUGAUUGAAAUCUUCAAGGGAAGUGAUGAUAAAGUACGCGUAGCUAAUGUAAAAACUCAAACCGGUACGUACAAAAGAGCAAUACAUAAUCUUUGCCCACUUCCAAUAGAUGAACCGGAGAAUAAAAAGGAAAACACAGAUUGCUCCAGUGUCGACCCAACGAGAACCACGAGAUGUUUAAGGCCAAGAAAAGGGCAAAAAGUGGCAUUGCUUUCGGUUUUACUUUUGGCACUUAUAAUGAUACCAAUAUCUUUAUGUCAAACGUUGGGAGAGCAACAAGUAAAUGUCAAGAAACUUGAUCACGGUGUUGGCAUGUACUUUUAA